AUGCACAUGGGCCUGCGCCCCCUUGCAGCACUGCUCCCGGCUGUGCUGGCCAUUCGCGAAGCGGAAGAAAGUGGCCGUGGAACUCUCUGCUGCGUCUCCUCAUACCCGGAUCUGGGGGUCGGGAGCGCCAAGUUCCGAGCAGAGGCAGAGAAAGCCCUAGAAGCCGCAGCCUACACUGGCGCCUACUCCGCGGGACCCGACAACUAUCACUCCGCUCGCUUGAUCAAGCAUUGCAAGCAUGCGCUGCAUUUGAAGACGUGCCCCCGUAUGGACGUGACGUUCAUGAAGAUCUACGAGCAUGUCCCCCUUUCUGAGAUUGAGACCAGGAUUGAAAACUUCCUGACCACGUGGCAUUUCCAUUCCGAGACAUACUGGGCGUUCGCUCCCGAGUGCCCUGGCCAGAUGAAGCGUCAGAAAGAAGAUCCAGCACGCUGCAGCGAGGACCUGGGUCACUUCAUGCGCAUGCUGGAGCUGUGGAAAGAUGGCUUGAAGUAUGCAGAUCAGGUCAAGAAAAAUGCCGGCUUUCGAGGCUGGUUGAAAGACAAAAAGACCAAAGCGAUGGCAGAGAAGAAGCUGAAGAACAUUAUGGCAGAGCUAGAUGCCCUUUGGUAG